AAGCGAAAAGUUUUUGAUAAACAACUCUUGUAUACGAAGAAUAUAAAAGAGAUCUCUUUGACUGACGAGGAAGUGUCCGACAGUGACAACGAAGGGAUACCUUCGCACAAGUGUCCGGCGAUUGAUUACGAAUCAAUUGUGACACCAAUUAAGACAAAGACUUUGCCGUCGGAACAAACCGGUGAUCAUUGUUUGGACGAUCGGCUCAACAAUAACAGUGACACCGAUUGCCAUCAAAAGUCAUACUCAAAGACAUCACUGAUCGAUGAUUUGCUACAUUUGUUUGCAUUAAAACUUCACAUUAACUUUGAUUUCAUUCACGAGAGAUAUCUCCAGUACUCGAGACAAUCGCCAUCCGAAAGGGAUUCAACGAAGACUGACUACACGUACGCUCAGAGCUAUAGCUAUAAUCGGCGUAUAGAGCGGUCAAAGCUGUUUGACUGGUCGGUGCCAAACAUGUCUCGUAAG